AUGAUUAGAAAGAAUCCAAAAUAUGAUAUCAGUGCCACAGAGACUUUGGAAUCUGAUGUAAAAUGCACAGUUUUCUCUGCAUUUCAGGUGUCAGGAUUCAGGAGGAUUAGCAAUGAGUUAUUCUUGACAUGGUCAUCUGAUGUGACAGCUGAAAUUUUCAUCUUGAUCGACCAUAUCAAAGCAGAGCUACACAUUAAAACUAAGGGUGCAAAAAAUACGCCGACCAUAUUCCUUCAUAUUGGAGUAUGGAAGCAUUAGCAUCAUUAAGCGAUAGUUAAUCAGAGCCAAGGAGAGGUCAAAAAAUCAGGAGCUCCAUUUGUAGUUAUAAAGAGUUACAUACAUUUUAUAUUAUAAAAAUACAUGUAUAUUAUAUAUGAGUAUAUAACGUAUACUCAUGUUUAUAAGUAUUUACACCUGGUGUUUUUAUUCC